AUGUUUGACACAGCCAAACCUAUCCCUUCUCCGGGACUGCUACAUACGUUCGCCCUUGUCUGUUUUCCGUUCUGUCUGUUCGUCGUCUACAACAGCCUUACGGCACUAACGUCCCAGUGGAAAAGUUACGGUCCCUUAUUCUUAAGUUCUGCCAGCGUCAUCUGUAUCAUUAUAGAACUCUCCUCGAAUCAUGAGGCAGAAUUUAGCCAGGCACUAUUAUCUCUCAGCAGUGUAUUCCUACAUCUAUACGAUUUUUUCUGGCUAUUUUUGAUGUUUAGCCCCGAUUACUUCCACAUGACGUUUCCUAUUUGUAUAGUAUCUAACGUUGGAGUGUGUGUUGCCUCGAUCAUGGUACUACUAAAAGUACUGUCGUAUGAGUGGGCCCGCUCCUGCUGCAUUUGGCAGACAGCAUUCUACAGCUUUGCUGCCUUCUGGUGUUGGUUGUCUUGGUCUCAGAGGUCGGGCAUCCACACGCUCCACACGCCACCUUACAACAUAAUGCUCAUUAGAUGCUUCGUAUACAUUGGGGUGUCUGUAGUCGCACUGAUACUCGCUGUGUUCAACAUUCAAGCUGGAUUAAUUCUAGCUAGUGUCUCCUCAUUAUGUCCUUCCGUCUUUCGGCACUACCUUCAUUUCGGAAAGGAUCCUAUCCCGCAUGAAGAAGACGCCUAUGAAAGAGCCCGAAUUCUUCUCGAAAGCCAAAACUCCAUGGCCCCCCCUGAAUCUCAAAACGAUACCAUACAUAACACAGCGGUGGGGAUUAGCGCAGAAUCUUUACGGAUGUUGCAUUCGCCACCCGAUCGCAAGCCCAAAAUGAUUAAUGAGUGCUUCGAGGAGCUUUCUUCAGUUGUAGGCAUUCGGUUGAAACACGGCGACGGUAGGUUUAACGCAGUUGACCAAACCAACUUGUGGGCAUCGUGGCAAGAAAUGGUUCAUGGAAUUACCUUCAAGCGUGAGGAUAUUCCCCUUCUCCGCAAAAUAUAUCUCCGAUGGUUGGGCAAGUCCAGAAUAUCCCUGUCACAAGAUGCUGAACAAGCCCUUCAGAGGGUCAACAAAGAUCUACGUGGUGGCAAGCAACUGAGCUUUGAAGCUUGA